GUGACAAAAUUUCUCUGUAUACAUUUGUAAACGUUACACAAGAUGGGUCUGUUCAAGAGAAACUCGCAAUCGUCUGGCGACAAGAUGAAGGUCAAGCUGACUCACGAAGACGAAAAACGGCUCAAGAUGCGCUCGGCCAACGUGCACGAUCCGAUUUUGGACGCGGUCAACGAGGCACAGCCGUUUGAACAGUCCGCCAAUGAACACCAAAGACAGUCGUCGCUGGGCGACGCCGGACUACGCGACGUGUUCGGUAACACCAUUGUGAAUCCAGACAUAUCGAAUCCGUCCAGAUCCAGAGACGAGCGGCCCUUAGACACCAUACGAUCGUUCGAGUACUCGGUGACAGGCGAUCCCACCUAUAAACAGCAGCUCGAGACCCCAAGUUUAGGAUGGAGAGUGAGACAGGACUUCCCGCUCUACACCGGCAACCAGUAUGCCCAGGGUUACGGUGCAGGACAGCAGCAGUUUGACGAGUACGGUCAGCCGAUAUACGACGGAAACGCGUACCAACGGCCUCAACCCUCGUCUACAGAACAGGGCGUGUACACACCACCAGCUCCUAAGGAGCCGGAAAAGAAGAAGAGAGGACUGUUUGGCAGGAAGAAGAAUUGAGCGAUACUACUAGAGAAAGAGAGAGCACACUCAGUUGAGCCAUCCGGCCCACGACCUUUGUGAGUUGGCCUGUUGCUCCGGUUCGGGGCUCGGUCUUGUAUUUUACUAUGGAUGCGAUAUGUAAG